AUGACUGAUCAAGAAGUUACGGGCUUCGAUGAUGGUGAGGUGUUGCAACGUGUGCACAAUGUUGAUCAAAUGGUGCGGGAUGUUGAGUUUCAAGGAGUGUACACAACUUCUGAAUUAGCGAGGCUGAAGCAGUUCAUUGAAGAUUCAAAGAAACCCCUCUAUCCUGGUUGCCAGAAGUACUCUCGCCUUUCUGGUGAUCUAAAACUUCUGCAGCUUAAGGCAGAUCAUGGUUGGAGCAACAAAAGUUUCAAACAACUAUUGGAUCUGCUUAGAGACAUGCUACCUGAGGGAAACCAAGUAGCCGAGUUUGUCUAUGAGGCAAAGAAGAUAAUCUGUCCUCUGGGAAUAGAGGUUGAAAAAAUUCAUGCAUGCAAGAACAGUUGUGUAUUGUUCCAUGGAGACUAUGCAGACCUUGACAAGUGCCCCAAGUGUGGGUGUGAUCGGUACAAGAGGAAAAAAGAUGGUGGAGACGAUAAUGCUGAUGACGGGAACGUGCCCGUGGAGAUCGGAGGCAAGAAGAAGGUUAACAGAGGGGGUCCUGUGAGGGUGGCAUGGUAUUUUCCCAUCAUUCCCCGGUUGAAAAGAUGGUUCGCCACAAGAAAGGAGGCCCAACUCUUGCGUUGGCAUAAGGAAGGCCGAAAGAAGGAAAAUGACAAGCUUAGGCACCCCGCAGAUGCAGCACAAUGGGGUAACAUUGAUUCCCACUUUAAGUGGUUUGCUGAUGAUUGCAGAAACCUUCGGUUCGCUAUGAGCACAGAUGGCGUUAACCCUUUCGGUAACCAGAGUUCAACACAUAGCACCUGGCCUGUCGUGCUGUCAAUGUGCAACCUUCCACCCUGGCUAUGCAAGAAACGGAAAUACAUGAUGCUGACAAUAUUGGUCUCUGGGCCAAAGCAACCUGGCGACCGUAUUGAUGUCUACUUGAGGCCACUAGUUGAUGACUUGAAGACACUUUGGAAGCCUGGUGUGAAGGAGGUUUGGGAUGAGUUCGGGCGUGAGGAGUUCACAUUGCACGCCAUGUUGUUCACCACCAUCAACGACAACCCGGCUCAUCGCAACCUCUCCGGCCAGAGUAAAAGGAAAGGUGCAGCUUGCCCGCACUGCUUGGAAGAAACUUGCUCAUUGUGGCUAAGAAAUUCAAAGAAAUUCGCAUUUAUGGGGCACCGUCGUUUCCUCAGCAAGAAACAUCCCUACCGGGAGAUGGAUUGUCAGUUUAAUGGGGAAAAGGAGCAUCGAGCGGCGCCUCUGCAUGUGACUGGAGAUCUGAUCCUCUUGCAAGUCAAGGACAUCAAAACUAUCGAGGAGUUACCCAAAAUGACUGAAAAAAUCCUUGUCAAAAGAAAGAAACGAGAUGGUGAAGAAGAAGAAGAUGGGAAAGGAAUUUGGAACAAGAAAUCAAUUCUAUGGGAGCUAGAGUAUUGGGAGCUGUUGGAUGUGCGUCAUUCGAUUGACAACAUGCACGUCAAGAAGAAUGUGUGUGAAAGCAUUUGUGGAACAUUGCUACAACAGAAGUUGAAAGGAAAAGAUCAUAAAAAUGCAAGGGAGGAUCUUAAAGAUAUGGGCAUUAGGCCGGAGCUCUAUGCAGAGGAAACAGACACGGGGACGGACCUUCCCGUCGCUGCAACCACCUUGUCAAAGACAGAGAGAAAAGAAUUCUCUCUUCUUCCUGUUGCACUUAGAGGUAUCAAGACAGUACAGGUUCGCGACACGGUCACGAGCUUGUGUUUAUUCUUCAAUGCAAUAGAACAGAAGGUGAUUGAUGAGGAAGAACUAUUGAAGUUAGAGAGGAGGCAUUUCGAGACCCUAUGCAUGCUUGAAGCUACCUUCCCACCAACAUUCUUUGAUCUCAUGAUCCAUCUAACAGCACACCUCGCGAGGGAGAUUUGGUUCCUUGGCCCAUCUUACCUGCAUCAGAUGUUUCCAUAUGAGAGGUACUUUGGAUUCCUCAAAUCAUUGGUACAUAACCGGUCAUUUCCGGAGGGAGCCAUGGUUCGUGGCUAUGGGACCAUCGAAGCAGUGGAGUGGGCCAUGGGUUAUAUGGACCCCCAAAACCCCAUUGGUGUGCCUCAUUCACGGCAUGAAGGUAGGCUUGCAGGUGUUGGGACCAUGGGGAAAAAGUCAAUCACUCCGGAUCCAGAUGCCUUCAACAUGGCUCAUUUCACCGUGAUACAACAGAUUGACCUGAUUACACCAUUUGCCAACGAGCACAUGCAACAACUACGUGAAGAAAACCCUGGCCGUAGUGAGGCUUGGGUUGCAAAGAAGCACAUGCAAUGCUUCAGCUGGUGGCUCCGAGAUUAUGUCCAGAGAUGCAGCGCAGCUGUAACCGACAAUCUGAUAACGAAACUAGCAGUGGGGCCAUUAUUCACUGUUACAACAUACCAAGCAAUGGAUAUCAAUGGAUACACGUUCUACACCAUGGCCCAGGAUGCCAAGAGCGUCUAUCAAAACAGUGGUGUGCGUGUACGGGCCGUCGACAAUGACAUGCAGGCAGCCACAUACUAUGGUCAAAUAGAGGAGAUAUGGGAGCUUGAUUAUGUAGGUUUCAAGGUAGCCUUGUUUCGGUGCAGAUGGGUCAAUGGGAAGAGAGGUGUGAGCAAGGAUAAAUAUGGGUUUGUUAGUGUUGAUCUGCGGGUCUUUGGUUACAAAGACGAACCGUUUGUUUUCGCCAAGGAUGUUGAGCAAGUGUUCUAUGUACCUGACCUUGCAAGGAAGAACUGGUGUGUGGUUAUGCCUGGAAAAAAAAGGAUUGUUGGGAUUGCCAAUGUUGUUGAGGAGGAGGAAUACAACCAGUUUGAUGAAAUUCCAUCCUUUGACACUUCAUACAUGCCCCGACUCGUGGCAACUGACAAAACACCGUACUUGCGAACCGACCAUCAUGAAAAAAUCCAUAUCCAGAAAUCAAAGAAAAAGCCAUCAGAGUGA